GAAAUGUUUCUUUCUGAUUUACAGGUUGCGCAGCUUUUGACGGUUCCGAGCUCUGCUUCUUUAUGGGUUUCUUUGGCUUGUUCAAGAAAGAUGGAAUUGCCACUUCACUGUAUUGAAGCUAAGAAAACGGGUCGUGCUGUAUAUGAAGUUAAAACGAAACUGAAAAUGAACAAAAACAUCUGAGGCUUGAAAGGAGGUGAGAGCAGAACAUUAUGGCUGAGAAGUUUUACGACGGAAUAAAUUGGCUCACUUACGUCUGCCAGAGCCCAAAGCCUGGAGACCAGAUUGAGAUUUCUCGAUUUGGUUCCCGACACUGGGCUAUCUACGUAGGUGAUGGAUAUGUGGUCCACCUGACUCCUGCAGAUGGGAGUACAGGAAGUUUUUUCUCUAUUUUUCUGCCUGCCGACACAAAAAAGGCAGUGGUGAAGAAAGAAAAGCUUUCAUAUGUGGCGGGGAUAAGCAACUGGACGGUCAACAACAAGAAGGACAGAAAAUAUAAAGCCAGGCCUGUAAACGAAAUAAUUAGCACUGCAAACAAAUAUGUUGGGAUGGAGAUAGACUACAAUGUGGCCACGAAGAACUGUGAACAUUUUGUCGCCGAACUACGAUAUGGCCCACCUGACAGUAGACAGAGACCAAAGCCUGGAGACCAGAUUGAGAUUUAUCGAAUUGGUUACCAACACUGGGCUAUCUACGUAGGUGAUGGAUAUGUGGUCCACCUGACUUCUGCAGAUGGGGGUACAGGAAGUUUUUUCUCUAUUCCCCUGUCUGCCGUCACAUCAAAGGCAAUGGUGAAGAAAGAAAAGCUUUCAUAUGUGGCGGGGAUGAGCAGCUGGAAGGUCAACAACGAGAAGGACAGAAAAUAUAAUGCCAGGCCUGUAAGUGAAAUAAUUAGCAUUGCAAACCAAUGUGUUGGGAUGGAGAUAGACUACGAUGUGGAAACGAUGAACUGUGAACAUUUUGCCUCCAUACUACGAUAUGGCCAACCUGACAGUAGACAGGCGGAAGUUGUUUCUGUUCUAAACCGGAUACCAGACAUGUUCCGUUCGUAAACACCAUUAGUUGGUGUUAAAUAUAUGAUGAGACAUGUGAACAAUCUAAAAGACUGUUGGAGGACAAUCCUAGGUUGGCUUCUAACAAGAUCCCAUUAUAAAAGAACAAGUGUUAUUGAAUAAAAACAAAAACAUCAAAUCAA